AAAUACAGUUUACCUACAAAUGUAAAAAAACUGUAUUAAUAUUUUUGCAUAGUAAUUUCUGUAUAUUCAAAAUUUUUAAAUAAAAGUGUGAGUGCAUAUUAUUUUAUACUUAUGCAUAGAUGGGUCAAUCAGAAUGGAAACAAAAGCUGUUUAAUUUAGGUUAUGUGAAACCCUUAGGCACAACAUUUAUAGUGACAGGUUUGGGUUGGUUGUUGUAUGAAGUACAUGCCACAGCCAACACACUCAAAACUGUUGGCCAGGUGAGGAUUAUAAGGCAUGGAGUAAAGUAUAUCCACAUUGAUGAAACCAUUACUAAAGGAUUGAGACUAGGAAAUCAAGGGUAUCUGGAGCAUCAUGUGGGGCGGUGGAGACUCUCUAGCUGGCUUCAGCGUUUCAGGUACAGGCUGGCCCAGAGACUCCUGCAUUUAGCUCAGACAGAGGACUGGCAGUGGCGGACUGUGGCGGUCCACCAUCUAGCACGUCUCCACCACCUGUCAGAGGCAGAUCGGAUACAACUGGCUCAGGCCUGUGACUGCCACACUGCUGUGGGUUUGGCCAGGAGUCGGGACACCAGAGACGGCUUCUUCCUCCCCCCACCUUUGUACAAGACCACAGACAAUGAGGAGUUGGUCACAGAGAUAAGAGACAUACUGUACAAACUGAAUAAAAGUAGUGGUCAUCUGUGUGUCAAGUAUUUUUUAUCCAAGGCAUUUCCAGAGUAUGAGAAACAAAGCAACUACCUGAUGGAUGCAGAAGUCAUGCUGACUGAGCCAUGGACCAUACUGACAUCUCAGGACAAUCUUCUUCCUUUGUGUGUUCAGGCAUUAGACCAUCACAUCUCCACACUUUGCAAUGAAACUUAUCUUGUAGAGCUGGGAGGGUUACCUCUGUUGAUGUCCAUUUAUCAACAAUACAAAAACAACAGCAGUGUUUGCAAAAUGAUCUGCAGAAUUUUGGCAAGAAUCUGUUCACAUCAAGAAUUUCUCCCUCAGGUUUUUUCAUCCGGAUGGAUAGGAGUCCUGGCUAUGUGGCUGGAGAGUGAGGAUCAACACCUUAGUCUGCUGGCCGGUCAGAGCCUGGCUAAUCUGGACAGGGAUGACAUGACCCAGGCACAUUAUGGCAGACAUGUGGUCCCACUUUAUCCUACGUAUCGAGCUCACCAGCCUCUUGUAGAUGUUGUGUUCGUACACGGACUCCUGGGUAGCGUGCUCAGUACUUGGCGGCAGCGAGACUCCACUCACUCGGCCAUCUUAGGUCUACAGAAGGAGGAUAUAAUGGAGGAUACCUGCAGAAGAAGACGACAUUCGAGUGACGAACAUACGGAGGAGUAUCUGACGACCAUGACGGAACUGACAGACUCAGAAUGGGAUCAGAUAGGCUCAGACUUUGAGUUUGUCUUCACUGACUUUCCUCUGCACUGCAAGACUCAGAGCUGUCAGCAGUUUACUCUCAGUGGGAAUGACAGUCGGGUUAGGCAGCAAGGAAACGACAAGUCCUACACGUUGUGCUGGCCCAAGGACUGGUUACCUCAGGACUGUCCUUCUAUAAGAGUGUUAGGUGUUGACUACGAAAGUCGUCUUUCUGACUGGUUUCCCACCUGUUCUGAGAAACUCAGGGUUAAGUCACUGGAAGAGAAAUCAGCGAUAGUACUGGAUCAGCUAAUGAGAUGUGGUAUUGGCCAGAGACCAACUGUAUGGGUGGCUCACUCUAUGGGUGGACUGCUUGUCAAGAAAAUACUCACUGAGGCCCUGUCAAGCUGUGACUACGAGGCUCGUCGUAUUGCACUCAACACAAGAGCUGUGGUGUUCCUGAGCACUCCACACUUUGGAUGUCCUCUGGCAAAGAUCAACGACGUCCUCGGCUACCUCCUGCUACCUUCCACAGAGGUCGAGGAGCUAAGAAAUAAUACUCGUAUACUGACUGACCUUCAUGAACGUUUCAAUGAUCUUCUACAGGAAGUCAAUGUCAAAAUUGUAACAUUUACUGAAACAAAGUCCACUAGGAUAGCCACCCUUGGAAUGGACUUGCACAUAGUACCUCCGGAAUUCUCUUAUUUUGAAGUGGGUGAUUUGUUUGAGAUGCCUUGUGACCAUGCCUGUGUGGCAAAACCUCGCAACAGGUUAUCAUUUAUUUAUCAAACAGUUUUAAAUUUAAUAAAAUCAGUCCAAGAAGAAGAAACGGUGGCUUUACCAUGCAGUAGAAGAGAUUCAAAAGAUUCUAUUGAAUGAAAACGUGACAGAAUCCUUUAUUAAAUUGAAAUUAUAUUUUCAAACAUAUA